AUGGGGACAGAGAAGGGGCACCAGCUGCCUGGCCUCUCCUCCCUCUGGGGCCCUGCAGUCAAGGUCCUGGAGAGUGGGCCCCUGCUGCUGCUGAUCCUCAGCCUGGGCCUGGCCAGAGCCCAGGAGACUCUGGAAGAUGUGCCAGUGCAACCAGGCUUUGACGCCCAGAAGGUGGAGUGGCGCUGGCUGACCGUCCAGCUAGCCGCCAGCCACUCACCCCUGGCCGCCCCAGAUGACCCCCUGAGGCUCGCACUCCACUCCAUUUGGAGCCGGGGCGAGGACGUGGAGCUUGUCUUGUUCUGGACAGGAGAAGGCGUGUGCCAAGGACUAAAUGUCACCGUCCAUCCAACGGGGCUCCUCGGCCAGUACCAAAGCGCCUUCAAGGGAGGCGGCACCAUUCUCCUGCACUUCGUCAGCACUGACUAUAGCCACCUCAUCCUCUACGUCCGCUUCCAGGACGACGGCGAGGUCACCAGCCUGUGGGCACUGCUGGCCAGAAGAAUGCUGGAGGAUCCCCAGUGGCUGGGACAGUAUCUUGCGUACGUCUCCAAGUUCCAUCUACAGGAAGGCCCGGUCUUCAACCUCGAUGGAUUCUUCCAAACCCCUCCGCCCCCUGGAGGCCCCUCCAGCCUAGAGCCCGGCCCCUCCAUCGCUGUGGGUUACCAGGUCCCACCAACCAAAAACCAAGGGCCGCAGUCUCCCAGCCUGGCCCGCGGGCUUGAGGACAUGCUGGGUGUUGGAAGUGGGCAGAUGGCCUCUCAAGCUCCCACCAUGCACGAAGGCAGGGACCCCAUCGGCCACCUGUGCGGACUCCACCUGCGGCCCACGGGCAAGUUGGGGGUGAACAGGACCCUGUCCGGGACCCACGUGACGCACGUCUGCUUAGGCUCCUCCCAGCUGUGA